CACAAACAAUCAAAUAAACACACAAAAACAAAAAAGGGCAAGAAAGCAAGCAACCCACACUCCACUCCCCCACAGUGACACAGCCACCGGACCCAAAACCCUGUAGAACACACACAAUGCCAUUUCAGCAAUGACCACCAAACCCACCACCACCACCACCACCACCUCUCACCACCAAUGUCUUCCUCUCCUCCUCCUCCUCCUCCGCCUGAUGAAACCACCACCACCUCCAGUCUCACCCAUCUGAUCGACUCCGAGCCCAACCACAUGCCCUCCCCUUCCUACAUCUCCAUGUUCCGCGACCGUACGAUCGACCUCACCGCCCGCCAGGACUCCAUCAACUGGAUCUUAAAAGUCCACACCCACUACCGCUUCUCCCCCCUCACCGCCUUCCUCUCCGUCAACUACUUCGACCGCUUUCUCUCCUCCCACUCCCUCCCGCGACACAGCGGGUCGUGGCCGUUUCAGCUGCUGUCCGUCGCCUGUUUGUCUUUAGCCGCGAAAAUGGAGGAGCCGAACGUCCCGUUCAUCCUGGACCUCCAGAUCUUCGAGCCCAAGUUCGUCUUCGAGCCCAAAACGAUCCAGCGGAUGGAGCUCCGGGUCAUGGGUAUUCUCAAUUGGAGGCUCCGAUCCGUCACCCCCUUCGAUUUCCUCCCCCAUUUCGUCUCCAAUCUCCCCUCUUCUUCCUCUCUCCUCGCAGCCUCCUCCAAUUUAGUUCUCAGCACCAUUCGUGUGAUUGACUUCUUGGGUUUUUCGCCUUCGACGGUUGCCGCCGCGGCUGUGCUCUGCGCCGCCGGUGCAAGCGUUGAUUUUGCGGCGGAUGGAGAUCGCCACGUGGCGCCCUUUUUCCACGAGAGAGUGAGCCAAGAAAGGGUGAGAAGCUGUCGCCAACUCAUGGACGAGUACCUGCUUGACAUGUGUCCCUCUUCCGGCCCUAAACGGCCGAGUACCGGAUCGGCGCCGUUGGCUCCAGCCAGCCCAAUCGGCGUGCUCGACGCGGCUUCUUGUGCAAGCUGCGACACUCGCUCCGAAAAUCCUGGAUCUACCAUACAAGCAGAGCGGCCAACCAAGCAGGCUCCGACCUCUCUGCAGCCACCGAUGUACAGCCGCCGUAGAUAUUGCCGGAGAAUUCAAGGAGCCGCCUGUUUAAUUAAUCCCUGAAGCUCUCUAAUUUUUGUUCUUAUAUUUUUUAUGGAUGACAUUUUUACUAUAAGAUGGACGGUCGGAAUUAUAGAGUUGAUCAUUUAUAAUAAUAAGUUAUAUAUAUUGAGAA